AUAUUAGUCUGACAUAGACUAUAGUCAUAGUCAGCGCCUUUCUCUGAUGCCAUCAUUGGUCAAUGACAAAGGCUGCUUCUUCAAAAUUUUCAUAGGCAUCAAUUUGAUCAUCAGCAGAAAGCAGAGUGUGGCAGCUUUCAAUCUGGCUUUGUUGAAACUUCUGAAUCGCUUUUGCAAUAGGCGGCUCAAACACAACAACUCUCUUUCUUUUCUUACGAAGUUACGUCUCAUCUGAUGAUAGCCGCUCAGAUCUAACGCCGCGAUGGGGAGCGGGGGGCCCGGCCUCAUCAGGUUGAUGCACUUGCUGACUGUGCUGAGCUUAGGUCGGUAUGCGGCAGGCCAGUGCGGCGGGGAACAUACGGUGGUGGGGUUUAUCGGCGAUCUGAGCAUGCGCCAACAUCAGCUGAGAGGGACGGUUGAGGUCAUUGAUGACUGUACCUUUCAGGUGUCAAAUCUGGACAUGUUGGCCGGAGAGGACGUUUACUGGUGGGGGGCAGACGGCGAGAGUAUGAACCAACUGAUGGGGGGCAGGCGGAUGUCAGCAGACUCCCUGGUUGGAAACUACAGCAGUCAGGACAUGGUGGUUAAGCUGCUGCCUGGACUGACUUGGGACAACGCCACAGUGCUGGGCGUGUGGUCUGAAAAGAUGGCGGGGGAUUAUGGUCACGUAGUUCUACAACCAGAGGGGGGCUGGCCGUCAAGUCUGAGUCCCAGCAGUCCAGUCGAAACGGGGAACGUAACGUGGACUUUUAAUGAGUCAGCACUGAAUGGAAGUUUUCCUCCGAGAAACGCUUCUAAUCUGACAAACGGCAGCUGGCCGCUGAAUGCUACUGAAGCGAACAGAACAGCGUUUAGCAAUUUAACAAGUGGCGGCAUGGGGUUGAACGGCACGAUGGGUGCGAGCGGCAACUUAACAGCAAAUGGGACCCUUGAUUCGAACCAGAGCUCAGGUAGCAACAUCACCUUGCCUGAAAGUAGUCCCAGCCCCUCAGAGACUCUUCCCCUGGGUCCGCUGAGGGGAGCGCCGCAGCCAACGAGCUUCGACAGCUGUAUAGAGCUCGGCCCGAAGCUCAGGCUUCGCUGGACCGUCGACCGGGAAAACAACUCGAUAGACAUAGGAUUAGAAGGUGCGCUAGGGGAUCAAGAGUUCAUGGCACUUGGCUGGGCCGUCCCAGGAGCAUUGAAAAAUUACAUGGGGCAUGCUGAUGUCGUCGUUGCGGGGUUCGAUGCAAGUCGGCGGCCGUAUGCGGAGGACUAUUUCGUGACCGCACUGGCGGUGUGCAAUGUGAAUACGGGCAGCCCUCAGGGGGUGUGUCCGGACGCCGAUUUUGCGGGGCCGAAUCGGACCGUGAGCAACGUGGAGCUCGUGUAUGCACAGCAAAUGGACGGCGUUACGCUGGUGCGCUACCGGCGGCCGCUCAUCAGCCCCGACCGCGAGUUCGACAACGACAUUGACCCCGACCAAGAGCAGCCCCUCAUCUGGGCGACCGCCGCCAGCAAGCACCCCUCCCCUUUCACGUCCACCAAGUUCCCCAUGCCCCUCUUUCACGGCACCGAGUACCAGAGAAAUUAUGGCGAGGCGUUUCUCGCGGUCGGGAAGCACUUUGACUUGUGCAUGGGCCCGUUAGACGCAUCGCGGUUCGGCGUGCGAGAGAACCGGGUCGGGACGGUAGUUGCAAAGAAGGGCGUUCCGUUGCUGGUCGGGGUGGGGAACGCGACAAGUUACGUAAACCCGCCGAACCCGGGGAAGAGCCUCUAUGUCAGCGGACAGGAGUCUCCAGUGCUACAGGUCGAACGGGGUGUCACCACCAACUUUACGGUCGCCGCGGGGCCGGCUUACCCGGUCUACAUCACGGACGAUCCCGUGGGAGGCGCGGGUCUUUUGAACACGAGCGCAGGACAUGUGUACGCAGGGGGGCCGCAAGCUUACGGCACGGUGGCGGUACCGUACCGGCUGUCGUGGACGCCCAACCACACAACACCGGACACGGUCUAUUACCAGGCGUGGUCGGAGCGCAAGAUGGGGUGGCAGAUCUCGGUGGUCGACGGCGGUUUCACGGACAUGUACCCCAACAUGGCCACUCUGGCGGACGGCAAGGUCAAUCUCUACUGGGCGCUUCACUACGACAGCAUCUCGUUCGCGGUGCGCGGAUUGCGGCCCAGCAACUGGCUGGCCAUUGCGUUCGGCAGCGGCAUGGUAAACAGCAAUUCGUACGUGGGCUGGUUGGACGGCGACAUUCCCCGAGUCUCCACCUACUGGAUGGACGCCCACGACCCCUCCGGGCUGCACCCAGUGAAAGAGAUGCUGACCAAUCAACGCGUCAGCGUUUCGGGGGGGUACAUCAGCUUCGAGUUUACCCGCCUGCUACGGAUACCCGGCAGCAGAAACGAGAUUGAUCCGGAAUCGCUGUUGCGGGUGGUGUGGGCGUACGGGGACGCUUGGACCACCGGCACGCUGACGUCCAAGCACAUGCACACCGCCAUGAGCAGUGACGUCACGCUGAUCAAUCUGCGGCUGGGCGUCGCCCAGGUGGAACAUUUACAACCAGUGUUCGUCGUCCACGGAUUCAUCAUGUUCCUCGCCUGGGGUGUGCUGCUGCCAGGUGGCGCCAUCGCUGCGCGCUACAUGAAGGACUGGACCGGGGAUAUCUGGUUCAAGGUGCACGUUUACUCGCAGACAACGGGGUUGGUGAUGGCGGGGCUUGGACUGCUGUUUGCCAUGGGCGAGCUGAAAGGGCUCAACCUGUAUACGACGCAUGCUAAGAUUGGGAUGGUGGUCCUCGUGUUCGGAGUGCUUCAGCCCAUCAAUGCGGCGCUGCGGCCGGAGAAGCCGAUCCCCGGGGAGAAGCCGAGCAUGCCCCGGGAGAUCUGGCAGACGCUGCACCAUUGGUUGGGCCGGGGCGCAAUGCUGCUGUCGCUGGUGGCCAUGCUGAGUGGACUUGUACAGUUGAACCAGAGGGAGGACAUGCGGAGCGACAGCGUCGCGGGGCUCAUGGGCGGUCUACUGGUCUGGGUGACGGCGCUCUUUGCGUUCGUCGUGUACAAAGAAUACAAGAGCUCCGAAGCAAGGCCGCCUGUCCAAGGAGCGGUCCGCAUCGACAGUCAAGAACCCGAGCAUUGGACAAACGGGGAGAGUAACAGCGUGUUGGAUCCGGAUGCGGACGAAGGACAUGCGCGGGGGCUGUCUCCGCCCCGGCAUCACAGUAGACGAGAAGAAAAGACUUCUGAGAUUCAAUUGGAGACGUUGUGAACGGUAUUUCGAUUGUAAUCAUAAGCAUAUGUCCGCGAUGGUCAGUAGCAGAAACCGAAAACAUGAUCCAAUUGCGAAGCAACCUGCUGGACUGCGAAGAGCUAUACUGCUCCGUCUGGCCCUGGGGCGCCCAGAUCGAGUCCAGCCGAACCGCGUUGACACAGGCAGAAUCGUGCGCCAUUCUUAUUGGCGCCGUCGGUUGAUUUGGGGUUAGAACGUUGUAAAGUUGCCGGGUCGCGCGCGAUAUUCAAAGCUUACCGUCCUUCAUCAG